CCAUGACGGUUGACCCCGCCCCCCUCGCUCCCUCCCCCGCUCCACCCUCUGCCGCCGUGCCUGCACAGCCCGCCACAGGCCCAGGCGCUGCAGAGCAAGGGGGGCCCGAGGCAGAGGGCAAGGGGAGCGCGGCAGCAGCUGAGAAGGGCACGGAUGAAGCAUGGGGGCCCAAGGGGGAAGCGGCAGGAGCAGAGGGAGAGGAGGAGGAGGGAGGAGAAGCAGCCGGAGGAGCAGCGGGGACAGCAGCAGCGGCGGCGGCAGCGGCAGCGGCAGCAGUGGCAGUGAAGCACCCGCUGCAGCAGCGGUGGACGCUGUGGUUUGACAACCCGCACCAGCGCGGCAAGAGUGGCGGGUGGGGCACAUCCAUGCGCCUCAUCUACUCCUUCGGCACCGCUGAGGACUUCUGGAGCCUGUACAACAAUGUGACAUCGGCAGCAACACUGCCCCCCAGAAUGGACAUGCAUCUGUUUAAGGAGGGCAUCGUGCCCAAGUGGGAGGACCCUCAGUGCGAGAAGGGCGGCUCCUGGACCGUCUUCUGCCGCACCAAAGACAUGUUUGACCACGUGUGGCUCAAUGUGCUUCUGGCGCUGAUAGGCGAGCAAUUCACAGAGGCGGGCGACAUCUGUGGUGUGGCGGCGAACGCUCGGCCCAACAAGGACCGAGUUGUGCUGUGGACCAAGACUGCAAGCAACGAGGCAGUGCAGGUGAGCAUCGGGAGGCAGCUCAAGGAGAUCAGUGGCAUUUUAGACAAGAUUUCAUACUCCUCCUUUGUAAGUCCCCACCUCGCCCCACACAUUCUCACUUCCUGA